UUUUUUUUUGCAGGCAGCAAACGAAGAGUCAGGACGAGAUGACGAGGAGACGGUCGUUGCAUCUCAAGUUUCUACGCCGGGGAAGCAAAUAUAUCCUGCGAUUUCCUACUGGGUUGCAUGCCAGACUAUUAAUGGGUCGCCAGUGAAUCCCCUGACCAUACAGAGAGCGCUAUCGGGCUUUGGAAUUGAAGUGUAUAUGUCUAGGACUUCAAGGAAAAAGUCAGUCUUUACAGACCAGCUAUGCCAGGUUUUGAAAGACCACAAGAAUCCCUGCAUGGUGGAGUUCACAAACAAAUCAUUUCAGUUCUUUCUAGGUAAACUGUGUGAUGAGCUGGGUGAGGAGAUAGACGAAGAAGGGCUAUUCGAGGCAAAUGAGCAUGUUGUCCGGAUAAGAGUUUGCAGGCAAACUCUUCAGACAAUCUUGCGAGAAGCAACAUCUAAACUUCACAAAGCAGGAUUGCAAUUUGACUGUUUUGGCCUACUUGACGUAUCCCUGCCGUGUUCAAUUCCAGUUGAAAUAACACCCCUGUCUGGUCCUCUUGCCGUGCUAAUCAAAGACAUCGAAAGGGCAAUGGAUAAAUUAGAAUACGUAGCGUUCAAGGGAUGUGUCUACCAUCUGACCCCUGGAGCCACCUACACAUACAGCCAGUUGUGUACCAUGAAAGCAUUCCUUCACUGCCUGAUGGCGAACAAUGGCUUCAGAGAUAGGCUUGUGAAGCACUUCCCACGAGUGCUAACCAUACUGGGCGACGAGGAAUGCCGAAUGAUUCCCCAACUGCACAUAGAACGAGACUUGGUGGAAGUGAACGACGGUUGGUGCUGGUCAUUUGCAUCUAAUCAAUUUGUCAAUAACGCCAUCUCAAAAAGUCAGAAAGGCCAUGUAUCGCCGAGAGCAUUUAUCAAAUAUCGCCAUACAGAUGAGCCAAAUCCACGAUAUUUUAGGGAAACAUUACAGAAUAGCCUGGAUGACAGUCAGAUAGCGGAGUUCCUGCGAGACUUUCUUGACCUCUUCCGUCCGAAGGUCCAUAAGCAGAAAGUACCAUGUGCCAUUGGUCCACCGGACAGCGGCAAAACUAGUUUGUUUGCACCCGUCUUCCAAGUCAUCCCACUGGAAAGAAUUGCACGCGUCACCAAGCAGAAGGGCUUUUCAAAAUCAAUGAUAAACGCGGAGACAGAAGUAAUCUUCCUGGAUGAAGCGUCCGAAUCAAUCCUUGACAUUGAUGACUGGAAGAUCUUGUGCCAAGGGGGGUAUACAGCCCACGACGCAAAGUGGAAAGGUGCGGCUGGAUUCAAAAUGACAGCAUCAAUGUUCAUCACUUGCCAGCAGGAGAUGAACUUCGGGCCACUGCACAACGCCGCCAUGGAUAAGCGGCUCAACAAGUACACCUUUAAAAGCCUCCUAUCCGUCGAUCCCGAGGCCCAUCAAUGGCUGUCAACCCAUGCCAUGGAUUGCAUUGUGUGGGCUUCCAGGAAUGCAGCGCCAAGACGGUCAAGUGCUCCAACACCUCCAUCAACCGAUGCAGGCCUGAGUUUAACAGAAAUCGCACGGGUGGCGGCAGUUGAUCUGUCUGAUGAGGAUGCUGACGAGGAUUGCGUUGAAGAAUCUUGCUGCAGCAACACGGAAACAGAUGGAGACGAGGAUAACCAUUCUGGCACUGACGCAGAGACGUUCAACAAAAUGGAAGCUGAGUAUCGCAACUGCCAGCCAUUCAGCAUGCGAAAGCGACAGCUCAACAUUUUACUAGAGAAGAUGAAAGGAGAGAGGAGUUUGCGCCAGCAACUAAACAAGGCCCGUAAAUCUAAAAUGCUGAAAAGCCGAAGUAAAAGACUGGUGGAUCUGGGAGUUCCACACAACUUGAUGGAAUUAUUACCGGAAGACCCCGAAGAUGCAAUGCCCGAGGAAAUAAUCGUGGAACUAGGCCGGAUUAGAGAGGAUCACCAGAAGUCUGAGGCUGAGAAGAGGAAAGUCAUGGCAAGAGCGGCAUUCGAGAGCCAUUGGGUGAGAGCGACUGAGACUGAGCUGCACCGAUGUUCGUCGAGAUUGCAAUCAAUCACGGACGAGGCGUUGAAAAGCGCUAAAGCGUUGGUGCAACUUGUCAGCGACAAGCUCAAAAGUCACCAUACCAACACUGGAACUCUGGCUUGCGAGACCGCUAUUGAGGAAAGACGGAAGGCGUGCAUCAGCUGGGGGCUCCUCGACCAACGAUGUGCGCACUUGUUGCUAAACUUAUGGGAUCCGCUACCAAGCUGCGACGAUGAGGCAGACAGUGACCAAGAUUCUUUGUUUCGAGACAGCGGAUGCCCAUCCCAGACACACACCCCUCCUCGCCAAGGCUCAAGUGACGAUAUGCCAGAGAUACCAAAGACCCCAUCAUGGAGCCCAAAACCAAACAGAUGGGAAUCACCAGGGAUAGAAUUGAUGGCAUUCACUACACCGGCCAAGCGCCGUUCCCUCACCCAGACUCCAAACGGGCGACGCAACCGACUCAAGUUUCGUAAACCGCAACCGACAGACAAAAGGCAAACAAGACUGGACGGUUUUCUCAGCCAAAUGUAAUCUUUUUUUAUGUUCUGUAAACACGAUAUUCUUCCUGAUACUCUGUAUAACAAAGUCGCCAUAAAGUCUGAAUAAAGUCGUGUACCCGCAUAUACGCACAACGCUACGUAAUGAUACCAAUUGUCAAGAUUACUUAAGAGAUUAAAGGUAUUUUACCUACACAAAUACAAUUAAGGGUAUUCGUAAUGCACACUUUGUAAGACGCUUGUUAGUCCGAUCUUGUGGCGUGAUACAUUCAGUUUUACUAAAUACAAA